AUGGAAAGAAGUAUGGCCCCUCGGGAGAGUGUUGGGAAUAUAGGUGUAGUAGAGAAGUAUGAUAUUGUAGUUAUCGGUGCUGGGCCUGUAGGAUUGCUACUUUCAACCUGUCUGGCACGUUGGGGCUAUAGGAUCAAGCAUAUCGACAACAGACCAGAGCCUACAAAAACCGGGAGAGCAGACGGUAUUCAACCUCGAUCCUUAGACCUUUUACGAAAUAUGGGGUUGAAGCCUGCUAUCAUGGCCUACGAGCCUGCAAAGGUUUACGAGGUCGCAUUUUGGGAUCCAUCCUCGGGCGACAAGGGCAUACAUAGAACUGGAACAUGGGCCAGUUGUCCUAGCUUUAUCGACGCCAGAUAUCCUUUCACAACAUUAUUACAUCAAGGAAUGAUCGAAAGAAUAUUCAUCGCAGAUUUGGAGAAGCACAAUGUCGAGAUCCAGAGGCCUUGGACAAUCACAGGGUUCAAGACGGAUGAGAAGGAAGAUUCCGAGUACCCUGUGGAGGUCAACCUGGCGCAAGUCGAAGGCAGCGCAAAAGAGACUGUCAGAGCGAAAUAUUUGUUUGGUGGUGAGGGUGCUAGAUCAUUUGUGCGGGAACAAUUGAAGAUUGGUAUCAAGCACAAGGAUCCUAUCGCACAUGUAUGGGGUGUUAUGGAUGGGGUUGUUCAGACAGACUUCCCGGACAUCAAGAUGAAAUGCACCAUUCACUCAGAUUUUGGUUCUAUAAUGGUCAUUCCUCGAGAAGGUAAUAUGGUUCGUCUCUACAUCCAGAUCGCAUCCUCGACGGAUAAGGACUGGAAUCCCCGCAAGACUGCAACAGAAGAAGAAGUGCAGGCUUCUGCGAAGAAAAUACUACAACCAUAUAACAUCGAGUGGGAACGUGUGGAAUGGUUUUCUGUGUAUCCAAUUGGUCAAGGAAUUGCGGAAAAAUACACUCUUGACCACAGAGUUUUCUUGGGUGGUGAUGCCUGCCAUACACACAGCCCAAAAGCAGGACAGGGAAUGAAUACGGCAUUCCUGGAUGCCCAAAACCUUGCGUGGAAGAUUCACCACGUCGAAUCAGGAUUCGCCGACCGGUCUCUCCUUCAUUCAUACGAGGUCGAGAGAAAGAAGGUUGCUGAGAACCUUUUGGGCUUCGAUGCAAAAUAUGCAGCUCUGUUUUCACAAAAAGCUCCAGCUGCCAAGGACGUUGAGGCAGCUACGCAACAAGGAGCUGAGCACACAAAGGUCGAGGAAAAAGAAAACGAUUUCAUCAAAACAUUCAAGGAGUCCUGCGAAUUCACCAGCGGCUAUGGAGUGGCAUAUAAUCCUAAUUCGCUGAACUGGUCAUCGUCUCAUCCAGCACAAUCAAGCGCCAUCAAUCCAAAGGGCAACAAGCUUCGAACCGGUCGUAUCCUCACUAACUCCAACGUCACACGAGUCACAGACGCCAACGUUGUACACCUCGAGCAAGAAAUUCCUCUCAAUGGUUCAUUCCGAGUAUACGUUUUUGCGGGCAAGCCUGCAACUACCAAACAAGCACUCAACGAUUUCUCACAAAACCUUACCAAGAAAGGCUCAUUCCUCUCCACAUACUUACGAUCAGACAUCGACCAGGUAUCUUAUCAUGAACGACACAACCCCCACAGUCACUUCUUCACCUUUUGCACAAUCUUCGCCGCCAAAAGAACAAACAUCGAAAUUGCACGAGAUGUACCGAAGACAUUGGCUAGAUAUAGUGAUCACAUCUAUGCAGAUGAUAUCCGGGAUCGUAUAGUACCCGAUGCGAAAGCUUCGAGUCAUAGUAAGAUGGGAUUGGAUGAAGAAAGGGGAGGUGUGGUUGUUGUUAGACCUGAUGGUUAUGUAGGAAUCGUUGUGGGUUUGGAAACGGGAAGUGUGACUGUUGAUGCGUUGAAUGAUUAUUUUGGAGCUUUCUCUUCGAAGAAACUUGGAAAGUCAAGGGCAUCGUUCCUUAAGCGCAAAGCUAGUCAAGAAUUAACUCACAAUUCAAUAGAAGUUAUUGAGCCGCUUCAAGGAGAAGAGAUGUUCGAGGCUAUAAUAGGCUGGUUCUGGGGCGCUUUAGAAUGGUUUCGUGGGAGGGUCGAUUUGUCAUACACAAAUAUGAGCUAUAGUAAUAUUGAUGUAGUCGCGGAUGAACAUACUCAAAGGGCAGAAGUGAGAGAAGAUGGGUCUACUGCGGUCAAGCGGCAGAGGAAUAAAUCAAACAAUCGCGCACACACGAGGACCUCGAGCCAACAACGACAGAUCGCACCAACGGAGUUAAAUCGAACGGGCAGCUUUUCGGAAGAACAAUUGAGAAUGAGAGCCGAUGCACAAUGGAUUCCGCCAGCGUUUGGGGCUCCCACGAAACACGUAGAACGAGAGAUUAUAGUAAUUUCAGACGAUGAGGAGGAAGAUGAAGAGGAGGUGCCAAAGCCAAUAGCGGAUUCGUUGCGAUUACCGCGGUCACCACGUCCACCUAAGUCUCCGCGCAUACGCCUGCAACCGGUGAGAAUACAGAGACGUACAUCUGUGAUCCAAGAUGGAAGUUCUCUACAUGACCGUUUGGCCGACCUACUAAACCUAGAUGACGACAAAGAAGAUGAAAAUGGACGUUCGCCGUUUGCCGUCUCGACACGAGCUCAAGAAAAAAUAAAGAGGGAUGCCGAGGCGCGAAAGCUCAAGGAAAAACAAGAAACGAUUCGAAUCGCGAAGGAACGCAGAUUGACACGACGCAAUCCAUCAAACCGUUUGAUACAUACAUUAGAAGAUAAAUGGGAGACUAUCAUAAGUGAAGCAUUAGAUCGUGCUCGGAAGAAUGGAAAUUUGCCUAUCACUCAAUCGCAGGGUGGCACACCACUACAUUACAAAGAUUUUGUAACUCUACUUGGCCGAAGCGCAUGGCUCAACGAUGAAAUUAUCAACACCUAUAUCGAAUGGGUCGUAGAAGCUGCGAACGAAUUCGCUAAAGCAGAGGCGAAAGCUUUCGGCGAACCUAUUGGAAAAGUGCCAAAAUUUAUAGCACAUAACAGUUUCUUCUACGAGAACUUGGACAAGAAAGGUCCAAGCAGUACACAGCGUCUGAUGAAUAGGAAGAAAGCGCCGGGUGUUUCGCUACUUCAGGUCGAUACCGUCUUGGUUCCUAUCUGCAGACACAGUCAUUGGACUGUCGGAGUUGUACGGCCCAUGGCUAGAACUAUCGAGUAUUUCGACAGUUUGCAAGGAUCCUCAAAUACAUUCAUCAAACUAAUGCGCGGAUGGCUAAAAUUUCAACUUGGUGCGGAAUACAAGGAAGAUGAAUGGAAGACACCAAAAACUGGUUGUACUCUACAGAUGAAUGGCUAUGACUGUGGAGUAUUCGUCUGCACAAAUUCUCUCUGUGUUGCUCUGGGCGUUAAUACCGAUUGCUAUAAUGGGACGGAUAUGGCAAUCAUGAGGAGGACUAUUGCGGCCCUCUUAAUCAAUAAAGGGUUCCAAGGAGACUUCGCUUGGGGUUUAGGGGUGUUUUAA